AUGCACAAACUCUGGCUGUGGGCCAAUCAAUUACAAGGACCAAUUCCCCUCUCUCUCUCCGCUUGCCGCAGUUUGCAUGACCUGAGACUCUCAUAUAACCAACUGCAUGGCAGCAUUCCGCCUGAGUUGACUCGGCUCACAAGCCUAAAGUAUCUUUACCUAGGAGGAAACUAUCUGACAGGUACCAUUCCCCGUUCUUUAGGGAAUUUGUCCGCCUUAGUUGAUUUGUAUUUGGAAGAAAAUGAUCUCACAGGUGCCGUUCCCCCUGGAUUGGGAAUGCUCACUCACCUGCAGGUUCUUUCCCUUUGGCAAAAUAACUUAUCAGGCACCAUUCCCUCCUCUUUAGGAAAUCUCUCAAAAUUGACUGAUUUGUAUUUGUUUGAAAAUGAUCUCGCAGGUACCAUUCCCCCUGAAUUGGGCAUGCUCACUGAUCUGCAGCUUCUUUACCUUCAUAGAAAUAAUUUAUCAAGAACCAUUCCCAGCUCUUUAGGGAAUCUCUCAAAUUUGACAAAAUUAACCUUGUUAAAAAAUGACCUCAGGGGUACCAUUUCCCCUGAAUUGGGCAUGCUCACUCAACUGCAGCUUCUUUACCUUUAUACAAAUAACUUAUCGGGCACCAUUCCCAGAUCUUUAGGAAAUCUUUCAAAAUUGACAAAAUUAGACUUGUCAGAAAACCAUCUCACUGGUCCCAUUCCCUCUGAAUUGGGAAUGCUCACUCAGCUUCAAUUGCUUUAUCUUUUCACAAAUAACUUAUCAGCUAGCAUUCCCCGUUCUUUAGGAAAUGGAAAUUUGUCCGCUCUGGUUGAAUUGCCAUUGCAAGAAAAUAAUCUCACAGGUACUGUUCCCACUGAAUUGGAUUGUUUAAGAGGCAGCGACAACAACAGACUUCUAACUGGCGAACAGAUUGCAGUGGCUCCGAUCAACAGCAAGGGAGGUCAAGGGAAGAUCAGGUCAUGGAGCAAUGAAGCUGAUGAAGCCUUUCCAAUCGAAGCAAUGAGGAACCACACUACUCGCAAGCGACCAGCUCUUAAAUCAUUAGCAUGGAAAGAUCAAACCUCAGGCUGGCCAUGGAAGGUGGAUGCACCUAAUCCUAUGUUGAGAGGAAGUAGGGAUCCUAGACCUCAGAAGAAAUCAGAUGCUAGUCACCCCUACACAAAUAGUAAUCUUAGGCCAAUAAACUCGCAAGCAUGGAAGAAGAACGACUUUUCAUGCAGCAAUGACGGUUGGUUUCGUAAUGCGAAGCUUCUUGCUUCUGAUUUGGCACACAAUUGGAAUUCAAUUUUAAAUCCUAAUCCCUCUAUAUUGGAGACAGAAAAAUUUCAUAUCCCUAAUUGUCAUAAGCAAGGUUGCAACCCUCCCCUGGGUAAUGGGCCUAAUAAGUUUCGGAAUGGGUGGUUUAGGCAAGACAGAACCUAG